AUGUCAAUCUCCCUCCCCAGUGAUUUCACCAACAUUCUCGAGCAGAAGUUCGAAAAGGCUGCAGCUGAUGGCGAACUUGAGUUCAAUGGUAAGGGAGCCACCACUGAAGUCGUCCACUUGCCGCACAUGGACGUCCAAUACACAAUGUUGCCGUCUUUAAUGAAACGGCCGGAAAAGGGACAGCAAAAGAAGAACCCCUUCUUGGAGCCUGAGCCAGCGCUUACCAUUGUUGAGGACUUUGGUAAAGAAAACCAAUUUAGAUUAGUUUUCAACAAAUACCCCGUGGUGCCGUGCCACUUCAUGUUGCUCACGAAGGAAUUCAAGUCGCAAGACACGCCGUUGCUGCCAGAAGAACUUGAGGCUAUUUACUCGGUGUGCAAGCACGUAGGAAACGAUUGGUUUGCUUUCUUCAACUGCGGUCCCGAGCUGGGAGCGUCGCAGCCUCACAAACAUGUUCAAUUCAUGAAGAAGCCGCUGGGUGAAUUUAUCUCGUUUGCUGACAGGUUGGCCGACUCGUCAUCAUCAUUUUUACCCAACAACAAAAACGAACCACUCCAAAAUGGUAACUUACCCUUCGCCCACUUCGUGGCUCGCUUGCCGGACGGAGACAUGACUGCCGACGACUUGCUGAUGUAUUACAUGCUGUUGGUGUCUCGAGCGGCCACUGUGUUGCGGGACAAUGACGUUACGAAAAUGAGUUACAAUUUUUUGAUGACUCCCAAGUGGAUGAUGGUGGUGCCUCGUAAGCUGGGCGUUUACCAUGAAAAGUUAGGCCUCAACUCUUGCGGCAUGUUGGGGUUGUUCCUCUGUAAGAACACUCAAUUGCAUGACUUAGUGAAGGACGAUGGUCCAGAACAGAUACUCGCCGAGGUGUGCUUCCCUUCGACAGCGGGACAAAAGUCAGAUGAUUACCAUUAUUAG